AAAAUUUAUCAGCAAACACCUAUAAAUUGCCCAAACUAAUUACGUUAUAAUAAUAAUCGCGGACAGUUCUUCACUCUCAGUGAUUUAUGUGUUCUAAUAUACUUCUAAUAAUUCAUACGCUAAUUAAAUAUUUCGUUAUUAAUAAUGUUAAUUCAAUUACAGGAUGAAAUUCAGCUUAGCAAAGAUCAACUCUCUCAUUUGCGAAUGGCAUUCGACGCGUUCGAUCAUGAUAAGAAAGGAUGUAUCAGCACGAAUAUGGUGGGCACAAUUCUAGGCAUGCUCGGUCACGAAGUCUCAUCAGAUGAGCUCGCAGAAAUUAUUGGAGAAAUUGAUACGUGGGGUAAAUAUUAUUAAUGUGCAAAAAAAGUC